GGUACUACGACUAUGUGGCAAUGCCCCAGGGGCACCGAGUAAUCUCACAAAUUUUAGGGAAUAUCGAGCAAAAGAACAAAAGUAGAGGGUAAAAGUGUACUUUAGCCCGAAUCCUUCUUUACAAUUACAAUUACACUUCCACCCUCCCUCUCUCUAACCAAACCAACACGCAUACUGAUCAUCGUCUUUCUUCCUAAUUCUCAACCUCUUUUCAAUUUUUGCGUCAUUCGUCGAUCGAUCCAUCGGUGUCAUCUAAAACCCUCAAAUCGGAUUCCCAGAUUUUGAUUUUCAAUCGAAUCAACACCAUGUUUCCUCGAAUUUUCGGCAAACCGAAGCAGGAGGGUAAUGCUGUUACCACUUUAGACAAGUUGAACGAGACACUUGAAAUGCUUGAGAAGAAGGAGAAAGUACUCCUGAAGAAGGCUGCUGCAGAAGUUGAAAAGGCAAAGGAAUUCACCAAAGCAAAAAACAAGAGGGCGGCUAUUCAAUGUUUGAAAAGGAAGAGGCUCUAUGAGCAACAAAUUGAGCAGCUUGGAAACUUCCAAUUACGCAUCCACGACCAGAUGAUAAUGUUGGAAGGUGCAAAAGCUACUACAGAGACGGUGGAUGCAUUGAGAAGUGGGGCAGCUGCAAUGAAGUCUAUGCAGAAAGCAACCAACAUAGAUGACGUGGACAAGACGAUGGAUGAAAUAAACGAGCAGACUGAGAACAUGAAACAGAUACAGGAAGCAUUGGCUACUCCCAUUGGUGCAGCAGCUGAUUUUGAUGAGGACGAAUUGGAAGCAGAACUUGAAGAACUGGAGGGUGCCGAGUUGGAGGAAGAGCUUUUGCAACCUGCAACGACGGCCCCUGCGGCGCCGGUGCACACUCCAGCUGGCAGGCAACCGGCUCGAGCUGCUCCUCAGAAGCGCACUGCUGAGGAAGAGGAACUCGCUGCACUACAGGCAGAAAUGGCACUUUGAGUGUGCUUUUGUAUCUCUUUCUUUCAUUUGUAAUUUGAUCAAUCACGGUCUCUGUGUGGCAUUCAAGCUUUAUAGAUGUGGAAUUGUAGUGCUAGUGCAGCAGAUAUCUAUCAGUGACUGAUUUGUGAUAUGUAACUUGUCUCUGGAAUCUGUCCAGUUAGAACUGUAGACUCCGAUAUACUUGUGUGUAUAUUUUGAAGCCAUUUGCUUAAUUAUGGAGUAUCUUCUGCUGAUA